CGGUAUAUGAAUCAUAAGGUAUCGCGAGUUUGUUUAAGGUGGCUCCCUACAGUUGACUAGAAGUGAAAACACAAUUGUGAAAUGGAAACACGAUAAUUCUUUUAGGUGGAAACACUCGCGUCGUCCGAUCGGUAAAAAAUUUGAAAAAGCUGUAUGUUUUCAAACUUUAUGACAAGGAAGAAAACGCAAGUUUUUCAGUUUAAUUGUAAAUUUUUGAAAUUCAAACUAUACGUAUGUUGUUUCCCAGUUUCUACGCUACCUUUUAAUGUGUUUUUAUACGUGUUUACGUUCAAUAUCGUGUUAAUAAUGUUCUUUUAAAAUUGAUAUUUUAUAUUAAAUCAAUAAAUGUAUUUUAAACAAACUCCUGUCAUUCAACUUAAAUUACCACAUCUAUAUGUAGUGUUUUAUCUUUUUAAACAAGUGAAUGUAAAACUAAAGUCCUACAUUUAUAAAUUUAAUGAAAAGAAUUUAUAACUCCACCUAAUUUUUUGAUAUAAUCUCCCACUAGAUAUUUCCCUUUACCCCUACCAAAUUUUAGAAACUUUGACCAAAGGAAAUUUUAAUAAAUUAAUUUUUAGUGUAAAAUUUAAUGUCUGACUGCUGUCGCUUGGGUCACAUUGUUACCAUAGCAACACAUAAUUUGAUUCUUUUGAACUAAUGUACUUCAAGCAUAAAAAUCGCACAAGCGUUUAUACAUUCAAAAAAUUCCCCAUUUUGCAUAAAUAGCAAAUUAUUUCGCAUCGUUGUGAAGACCUUAUUUUCUCAACAACUGUAGGGAGCCACCUAAGUCUUAAUCUACAGGACUAUAGUUAUCAGUUGAAAUUACCGAUCAGGUAAAUCAAUUGCAGGUUAUUUACGAGAACGAGGAAUCCAUAUAUGAUUUUGACAGCGGUAUAUAUGUAUAUAUAUGAAUCAUAAGAUAUCGCGAGUUUGUUUAAGUCUUAAUCUACAGGACUAUGUAGUUAUCAGUUGAAAAUACCGAUAGUAAAUCAAUUGCGGGUUAUUUACUCAACUGGAGUUCACAAAACGAAAAUAUAUUUACCGAUGGUAAAUCACUUAUUUUUCGUUCGUACCAACGGUACCGAUGGUAAGGCCAUUUGGUGAGCGUGCCUAUCCAUGCUCAGCUGGAGUUCACGAAACGAAAAUAUAUAUUACCGAUGGUGAAUAAUUUUUUCCGUCGGUAUGUUUGCGAGAGUAUUGGAUAUGUAUGCAGUAACCCCUCGCCAAUAUUUUCCAAACAUUAAAUUAACAUGAAGUAUUCAGAAAUGGCCAACACUGAACGCAGGCUCGCGCUCAAGUGUUGCCAUGACAACACGAUAUUCUUAAAUUUUUAAUCUUCAUAUUUUUUGUACAAAACUGCAAAAUAGUUGAAAGAUUCGUACUUUUAACUAUACAACAAUAAAUUUCCAAAAUAUAUACUGUAGGUAUAUUAUUUUGCAUUUUGUGAGCUUUGAUUUAAUGCAAAAUUUAACUUGAAACGCUUCGUAAAAUGUUUUGAAAUGUUCAUUCAACUAAACUACAUUUGCCGAUAAACUGUUUUUACUUUAUAAUAAAACAUAAUAAGUUUAAUACAAAUAAAACAAAUUGUUAGGUAAUUUUAGUUCAAUCUUCAAAUCAAUUUGUUGUCUUUACAUUUUAAGAUUUUUCUCAAAUAAACGGUAAUUUAUAAAACUUAGAGCUUUGUUGAAAAGGAAAACAGUUCAUGUUUUUAGGCAAAAGUUUAAAGCAACAAAAUUCGUAAACAUUAAAUAUUCAAAGCAAACUUGACGUAUAUUUCACGAUUUCCCAUAGUAAAUCAAUUCUUCUCAUUUCUUCAAGCUUGUUGUAUAUAAAACGAUUUUCCAAAUGUAUUGUUAUUCUCUAAAGUAUCUAAAUUGAUCUAAGGUUCUGAAAGUUUGUCCUUACAAAUAGACUAAUUGUUACCAAUAAAUUUUAGGCCUGAUAUCUUUGCACUGGCUUUGACAAACGUCCACUCCUUGUUACAACAUAUGGUGUAGUUGAUCCAACAUGAUUCUCUGCAGUGGUCACACGUUCACAAGAACUGAAUGGUUUCCUUUCUGCUCGUCUGUUCUGCAUAUCUGACUCCAUUUCAAUCACUUUUAAGGUGGUCAUUCCCCUUUAAACCUUUUUUUUUCAAUUUAUGGCAUAUUAAUGUGAAAAUAUCAUUUUUAGAAAGAGUUUGGUGAUAGAAAAUGACUUAUGCAAAAACAUUUCACAAAGUCACUAAUUAGACUAAUUAGCCCACAAAUGCUCAAUGUUUGAAACAUGAUAUCACAUGAACCAAUUACUCAAAUUUAUGAUAUAUUUUUAGAAAGCUUAUGAAUGAUAUAUUUUUAGAAAGCUUAGAACCUAAUCUAGUGCCUGACCCUCUUUAUUUUCACCUUAAAGUUGUUUUUUUUAAUUUUGAUAUUAAAUGUGAAUAUUAAGGGAAAAUUCAAUUUUUCGACAGCAAUUUAGGUAAUUAAAUAUCGAAUUUUUGUUAAUAAUGAAACAUAUUGAGAUUUGAAGAAUGUCAGGCACUAGCUAAAGGCAUUAGCCAAUACCAUGCCAAGUUUCAACUAUUUACAGAAAAUAUUGAAGACGAUAUGAUGCAACAAAAAUUUCUUGAAACAGCAAAAUCAUCGAAAUGAUAAAAUGCUGUUUUGAAGUUUCGCUGUUUUUUUUUGCUUCAGAAAUGUUCAGAAGGCCCCUGCUUCAUAAGUAGUACUUUCAUUGCCUUGCACAUUAUCAAUAUAAUGUUUUCUCAGAUGUCUCAAUGUUUUCCUUCUAUUUUUCACCUUUUCUGCUACUUUCUUGGCCGACAGUUUGAUCCUCGCUGUGUGAUUAUCUUGUGCACCCUUGCUGGUGAAUAUCCCAGGAGUGAUAUCCAAAUCACUCAGAAUCUUCAAGAAGGAAACGUCCCCAUCAUUGAACCUCAGGACAGCAAGAUAAGUGGCAAGAGCAACAGUCUCCUGCUCCACAUAUGUGGAUUUAGGACAUCUGUCCCAAAUAAGUCUGUUCAAACAUUCAUUGACAUUCUGUGUCAUGCCGUGAGUGCACUUACUUAAGAGGCCGUCUCCGUAAGAACCGACCACUGAUUUUUUUUUUCGAAAAUCAACCUUGCCUCUAACUUUUCUUAUUUAUUAGACUUAACAAGCAUACUACAAAAUCACAUUCAGAAUUUUUCAUCUCGCGUUGUUUCCAGAGAUUUUUAAACUUUUGUUCCUUAGGGCUAUAAUUGGGAUCUCAACGCUUGCCAUAACGUAAAAAUACCACGUCUGUAUCCCUCAAAUGCACAGACACACGGCCCGCUUUCCAAUUUUUAUGUUUAUAAUGUGAAAGUUAAGGUCUUUGCUCGAACAUAUCAAGCAUCUACACAUUUCAAACCCUUUUAAAACGUCUUUUUACACGAGCGUGCUUCAAGGUACUUUUUCAACAUGGGUUAGGUCCUCAAAAUUACAUGUUUUUACGAUCAGAUUUUGCAAAAGUGGCACUACCCACAAACUUCUACUUAAAUAUUUUUUAAAAUACUAGUUGUAAAUUAUAAUUCCAUCAAAACAAAAAUUGGGGGAUUUUUUUUCAAACUAUUUUAAUCGACGCGUGAAAUUUACAAUUCUUUGGUGCUCACUGGAAAUGACGCUGACAACCCAUUCAUUAAAAGUUCGCGGAUAGUUUACAAAUUCAACACAUGCUAAAAGUUUUGAACAUAAAAACACUGCUUGAAUUGCAUAAAUCUUAUGUAGACCACCUGUAUGUUUCAAGCAGCCGCAAACGUUGUUUCAACAGUCGCACCACACAGGUAAUAACGUAAUGUAAACAAAUGUGUCUAUAUAAUUAUUCGCAUGUCGCGAAACCCCGCUGCGAGUGAAACAUCGUGCAUUAUAACGCCAAAAAAUGCUAAAUAAGAUCUUGCUAAAACAUAAGUGAAUCAUAUUGUAGUUAUAUACCACAAAGUUUAUCAAAUUAAGAUAAAAAAUCAUUCAAAAAUACAAAAUAUUCAUCCGUCUAUAUUUAGGAUACUCUGAGUACGAGAUUGUAAACAAACAGUGACCCAUUGCGUUAUAUACUAAAUUUUUAUCUAGACAAGAGGAAGGAUAUCUUUUACCGGCAUAGCUAGAAAGAGCAUAAUAAAAUUAGUAUAAUUGCAAAGUUUGGUCGCGAAAUGUUGUAAAAUAUCGAAAAUAAAGGCUCGCGAAGUUUGAAAAAUUUGUCAUAAAGGCUAUAGUUUUGUAUUUAUGUGUGGCCAAAUUGAUACCGUUUUGAGAACAGGGUAUCGAUUUUCGCCGCGCAAUAAAUAUACAAAAUUUGAAGUUAUACUAAUUUUAUGAUGUUCUUUCCAGCUGUCUAUAUCCAAUUUUGCAAUGGAUCCAUCUAUAUCUAAAUAAUAUUUGAAUAUAUCAUAUUUCAAUAAACUACACUACAGCUAUAUUUAUAGAAAAAUUGGGUCAAACGUACUGCCUCUACAGUCUUUAAAAAAAGACUGUAGAGGCAGUUGGACCCAAUUUUUCUAUAAAUAUAGCUGUAGUUUAUUGAAAUAAGAUAUUUUCAAAUAUUAGGGAAGCCUCACAUAUCGAUUUUGUCCAUGAGAAACGUCAUAUGCUCGUUUCUCUGGAGAACCCCCACACCCCCACCCUUAGAAACGUCACACAUAGUUAUUGAUAUUUUGUUCUUAUAGUACACAUAAGGUAAUUUUCUCCUAUUUUUUCGGUCGGCUAUUGGCAAUGCUUCCGCGAGGAAUAUGUCAUCUGCUGACAUACUCUUUUUUUAUUAAUAUAUAUGUGAACUUCAAAAUUUCCAACGUUUCUUAAAACAACUUAACUUUUUUUGCAUAAAAUAUUGAUAAUUUUAGCACGUAUUUCUUGAAAUUUGAAUAUUUUCAAUGCAAGAAAGGCGUAAUAAUAUAAAUAUAGGUAUAGAACAGGUAUGGUAUUACGAAUAUAUAGACCUGCUGUUUGUAUCAAAUCGUUUUCUUUUUUAUAUUCUGCAAAGACAAAACUAUCAAUUUUUUCCAUGACGUUUACAGAGAGACGUCACAGCUGCCAACCCCCCCCCCCCCAACGAACAUAUGACGUUUCUCGUGGAAAAAAUCGAUAUGUGAGGCUUCCCUUAUUUAGAUAUAGAUGGAUCCAUUGCGAAAUUGGAUAUAGACGUACAGCUGGAAAGAACAUCGUAAAAUUAGUAUAACUGCAAAUUUUUUAUAUUUAUUACGCGGCGAAAAUCAAUACCCUGUUCUCAAAACGGUAUCAAAUUGGCCGCGUAUAAAUACAAAACUAUAGCUUUUGUGACAAAUUUUUCAAACUUCGCGAGCCUUUAUUUUCGAUAUUUUACAACAUUUCACGACCAAACUUUGCAAUUAUACUAAUUUUAUUAUGCUCUUUCUAGCUAUGUCGGUAAAAGAUGUCCUUCCUCUUGUCUAGAUAAAAAUUUAGUAUAUAACGCAAUGGGUCACUGUUUGUUUACAAUCUCGUACUCAGAGUAUCCUAAAUAUAGACGGACGAAUAUUUUGUAUUUUUGAAUGAUUUUUUAUCUUAAUUUGGUAUAUAACUACAAUAAGAUUCACUUAUGUUUUAGCAAGAUCUUAUUUAGCAUUUUUUGGCGUUAUAAUGCACGAUGUUUCACUCGCAGCGGGGUUUCGCGACAUGCGAAUAGUUAUAUAGACACAUUUGUUUACAUUACGUUAUUACCUGUGUGGUGGGACUGUUGAAACAACGUUUGUGGCUGCUUGAAACAUACAGGUGGUCUACAUAAGAUUUAUGCAACUCAAGCAGUGUUUUUAUGUUCAAAACUUUUAGCAUGUGUUGAAUUUGUAAACUAUCCGCGAACUUUUAAUGAAUGGGUUGUCAGCGUCAUUUCCAGUGAGCACCAAAGAAUUGUAAAUUUCACACGUCGAUUAAAAUAGUUUGGAAAAAAAUCCCCCAAUUUUUGUUUUGAUGGAAUUAUAAUUUACAAUUAGUAUUUUUAAAAUAUUUAAGUAGAAGUUUGUGGGUAGUGCCACUUUUGCAAAAUCCGAUCGUAAAAACAUGUAAUUUUGAGGACCUAACCCAUGUUGAAAAAGUACCUUGAAGCACGCUCGUGUAAAAAGACGUUUUAAAAGGGUUUGAAAUGUGUAGAUGCUUGAUAUGUUCGAGCAAAGACCUUAACUUUCACAUUAUAAACAUAAAAAUUGGAAAGCGGGCCGUGCGUCUGUGCAUUUGAGGGAUACAGAUGUGGUAUUUUUACGUUAGCCAAAGCGUUGAGAGCCCAAUUAUGGCCCUAAGGAACAAAAGUUUAAAAACCUCGGGAAAUAACGCGAGAUGAAAAAUUCUGGAUGUGAUUUUGUAGUAUGCUUCUUAAGUCUAAUAAAUAAGAAAAGUUAGAGGCAAGGUUGAUUUUCGAAAAAAAAAUCAGUGGUCGGUUCUUAUGGAGACGGCAUCUUAAUAAGUCAGUCUUACUCAGAUGAUCAAAUAUGGGUUUGAUUACAUUCACAAUACAUGGUGGAAUACCAUCCUUGUGUUUAUAAUUAUUCUUAUCCCUUUUAUAGCUACACCAACUGUCCUCUCCAUCAGGACAGAGAUGAUGUUGUGGAGUCUCGUCUGUCGAUCCAACAUGGUACAGUGAUGCUUCUAUGGCCUUAGCCAUUUUACCAACAUCACUGAGGUUUUCUCUCACUGCCAGGCCACAAUAGUUCUGAAGAACAUCUAUUUUGCUAUCAGUGAGCCGUACCUUUGCCAGCCAAGCCUUUUCCAUCUGCCAAUUUUACACCUUUACUUUGAUUUUUUAAUUUCCGCAACCGACUACCAACCCUUUUCUGGACAUGUCCAAUGCAUUCCAUUUUAUUUGGUAUGCAUUCAUCUCCAUAUGGCUUGCUUUCAACAAUUUUGUUGUAAGUUGAGGAAUUCCCAUCACUAAGCAUGUUCUUAUACUUGAGUCCUCUUGUUUGAAACAACAGUUUGAAGAUUCAUAAAGCACCAACUGUCUCCAUGCUGUUUGCACUUCCUACAUGGUUAAUUUUGCAGUUGUGUGUAGCUUUCCAUUCUUCAUAUCUUGGAUAACUUUCCUUCUUUUCCCACUUUUGACAUUGUGUGCACUUGUCUGACAUCACUUCAACAUCGAGACAUUUCUUCGAAUCCAGCGAAAUCACUGUCACAAUGCCAUUGUGUGAUGCAUGGCCCCUCUUCUGCCACGUACCAUCGAUUGAUACCCCACAUUCUCCAGCGUCAUUGGGAUUCUGUUCCCUCACUUCCAUAGCAUUAUUCACCAUACUAUCACUAGCCAAUUGCUUUACCACAGGUAGGAGCUUUUCAUUCUGAAUCUUGGUAAAGAUGCGACGUGUUGGCGGUUCAGGCAUAUUCAUAACUUUGCUGAAGGUUUUCAUGGCAUUACGUCCUCUACCAAUUUCUCUAAAUGCUAGGACUGCUCUUAGGUUUAUCUCAUGAGAAGUACUAAAACAGUGUUUCCAGUCACACUCCACAGCUUUACACUCUAUUACAAUAUAAUUGGAAAAGCCAUGCUUCUUCUCCAGGUCAACAU